AUCACAAUGGCAGAAGAAAUAAAAGACGCUAAGGCAGCAACGAAGUCUUCAAUAAAGAGUUUCCUUUCUGGUGGAUUCGGUGGCUCAAUGGCUGUUCUAGUUGGACACCCAUUCGACCUCACGAAAGUGCGACUUCAGACAGCUGCACCAGGACAAUACAAGGGUGCAAUAGAUGUAGUCAAGCAAUCAAUUGCUAGGGAUGGUCCCAGAGGUCUCUACAAGGGUGUUUUACCUCCUUUGGUUGGUGUCACCCCGAUUUUCGCACUCAGUUUCUGGUCUUACGAUUUAGGAAAGAAAAUCGUCUUUGGUAGUCGAUCUGAAGCUAGUAACAAGGAGAGGGGUUCUACUUUGACAACCGGUGAACUCGCAUUUGCCGGUUUCUUCAGUGCUGUACCAACAACACUUGUCACUGCCCCAGUUGAACGUGUAAAAGUCAUCCAGCAGACGGAAUCAAAGAAGGCCGGUAUGGGCACCAUCCUUGGUAGAAUAUACAAAGAAGCCGGUCUCAAGAGUGUCUACAGAGGUACGGGUGCUACACUCGCACGUGACGGUCCCGGAUCCGCCGCUUAUUUCGUCAGUUAUGAACAAAUUAAGAAAAUGCUCACACCAAAGGACGCUAAGGAUCUUAACCUCGGCGCUGUCCUCACAGCAGGCGGUCUCGCCGGUGUCGCUAUGUGGUCGUUCGCUAUUCCCCCUGACGUCAUCAAGUCACGUAUACAAUCCGCACCGGAGGGCAUGUACAAAGGUUUCUUCGAUUGCGCCCUGAAGACUGUCAAGGCUGAUGGUGCAACUGCACUCUUUAAAGGUUUUGGACCGGCUAUGGCCAGAGCAUUCCCAGCUAAUGCAGCUACUUUCCUCGGCGUUGAAUUAUCAGCUAAAGCACUUGAAUCGAUUCUUUAAGCAUUGUUAGAAAAAGCAUUUGAUGUUAAACUGGAUAAA